CACCGAUGGCAGCAAUGGCUACGUGGCAUGUGACUCCUACGACAAGUACGUGAUAGACAUACAGCUCGCCAAGGAUAUGAAUGUGGACGCAUGCCGCUUCUCCAUAUCGUGGCACAAGGUUCUCCCCACUGGAGGCGUCAACAACAUCAAUCCGGAGGGAAUCGACUACUACAACAAGGUCAUCGACGGCCUCAUUGCCAACGGCAUCACUCCAAUGGUGACGAUGUUCCACUGGGACUUGCCGCAGACAUUGCCAAACAUCGGGGGGUGGCCCAACCCCAGGCUGGCGGACUACUUUGUCGAGUACGCCAGAGUGCUCUACGACAACUAUGGCGACAGGGGAAAGUCGGCAUAACAAUUAACAAUAUGUGGUACGAACCUGCCGCCGACUCUGCAGCGGACAUAGAGGCAGCAGAACGCAAGAUGCAAUUCUACAGCACUCCUUGGGCCUUCUGUAAGCUAUUCAACUGGCUCGCACAGCACUACCCUGGCUACCCAAUCUUCGUUAUGGAGAACUGCUGGUCUGACACUGGAGAACUUGAGGACUAGGGCCGAAUAGACUAUUAUGCGGACCAGAUUUGGACUUCAUCAUGUGGAUUUCAAUUAUCCGGAUCGCACAAGGACACCCAAGGCAUCCAGC